AUGUCUCAGCUGGGGCAAUAUGUUGUGAGCCCGGGACAAGCCCAGAACGAUCACCAGUCACAGAACCUCUCCCCACGUCAGGAGCUAGAUACCACCAUACCUCCUGUGAACUGGGAGGCCCCAAAUCUUUCUGUUCCGCAGGAGAUCCCGGGCCAACUUGGUUGCGAUCAGAUACAGAGGUCAAUCGUCGUUCCGCAGCAGUUACCUCCAGAGCACCUGGCGAUCGACGGCCAUAACUCCAGCUUAUUGACAGAUACCUUCAACACUGAAACUACGCUUGACCUCAUGGGUGUCGGUACCGACACGUUCUUCAACCUUGAUCUGCUGGAUUGGGGUAUCCUUGACAAUUCGUUCGUUGCCCACCGAGAUGACAGCGGCACGGUGGUGACCUGUUCGGAAACGUCGAAUCAACAAACCAUAUCGCCAGAAGCGACUGCGAGCCCCUACGAUUUCGGAGACAAUGCAGCACGGUUCGUUACGCCCAUGAAUCUGCCAUCUGGCAUGAGUUUGAUGCAAAUAUCACCACUGGAAGCCCAUUGUUCCCUAAUUAUACAGUACCUCAGAGAGGCUAGUCAAGGCUCGCGGCGGUGGGAUCACUGGUUCAGCAUGGACAACAUGUCCCGCUUCCUACGCUCAUACUUCGAGUCCUUUCAUCAACAUACCCCGCUGCUACACUUGCCAUUCUGGAACAUUUCAAUCACCAGUACGAGACUCAUCCUUGCCAUGACUCUGAUAGGUGCGGUAUACUCCGGCGACCUCAAGGCCAACAGCUCUGAUGCCAGGAGGCUCUGUCACAUGGCCCAGGCUUUUGCGUGGAGCAGUGAUCCUUGUCUACAGGCCGGAGGUCCCGCCCAGCUUGAUACCAUCCAUUCCGUUUAUAUCGUCACUCUGCUGGAAGCAUUCUAUCUCCCUUUCAAACGGUGUCGUGCACCUGUUGAUACGAAACGGCUCGUGAAUGAGGCUAGAAAUACGGGAGUUUUCGUCGACGUCCAGCCUGGCAUCGACCCCUGGAAAAUGAAAUGGGAAGAUUGGUCUGCUCAAGAAUGUCGGAUCAGGACUGCGUUUAUAUUGUAUCUCUUUGAUGCUAUUCGAGCGAUCAUGUUCGACCAGCGUCCAGAACUCCACUCGUACGAACUUCGACUACCUCUGCCCUGUGACGAAAACAUUUUUGCAGCCAGUACCGAAGACGAGUGGCAAGCUCUGUACGUCAAAGCGCACAAUGUGACCCGGAUGGAGUUCCCAGCGAUCUUGUCUCUCUUUUUGUGCCACUCAUCCAUGGAUUUGCCGCUCGACUUCAGCGUCAUGGGGGCCUUUAUCGUGCUCCAUGGCAUUCUCCUGCACAUGUGGGAGCAGAAACUCAUCUUCCGACGGAGGGAUCCUCGAGAGGUUCAAGAUCCAGUCGAAGAAAGGAUGAAUGAGCAUCUUGCAGACGCACAGUCCAAGGUCACCAACAACGCCUUACGGCUGUGGAGGAAGCACUGGGCAAGAACUGUGGAUAGCCCUGGGUCGAUGACGUCUAAAGGUCUCUACCGUGACAGAGCGUUGGCAUAUUGGUAUCUCGGCAACUUGAUGAACCAUAAUCGACGCGCGAAAGGCCUCGAUGUUGCUCCAGUAUCAAUCAACGGGAAUUGGUCCUUGAAGGUUCCUCGCCUGUUGAGGAAGCUGACGACAUUGAUGGACGACGGUCAGCUGGAUGCAAACAGUGACUAUGUCAUAAGCGCAGCGGGAGAGAAUUUGGACCGUCAACUGGGAGAUAUCCAGGAGAUGUCGGAUGAAAACAUUGAAGACGAGGAGAUGGACACGAUUAUAUUGGGAUGCAUGAUGCGUAAAGAACGCCAGUCAAGGCACUAA